AUGGUUGAUUUUCCUGGUGCAAAUCCCGCUAAGUCUGAUAGUUAUUUGAGAAGGGCUUCAGCUUACCCAGAAAAUCCACCAGUAAUUGAUUGGUCCCUUUAUAAGUCAAAAGUUCCUGUACCAGGAAUGGUCGAAGAGUUCCAGAAACAGUAUAGUGCAUUAAAAAUACCCUACCCACCAGAUACUGUUUCUUCACAAAUUGAUGCAGUAGAAAAAGAAAUCAAGGCAGAUAUUGAGGCCUUCAAAAAGGAAUCAAAUGCAAAUAUUGCCCAAUAUCAAAAGGAAUUGGACCAUUUGAACAGCCUUAUUCCAUAUAGUGAAAUGACCAUGGAAGAUUUCAAAGAUGCUCACCUAGAUAUUGCAUUGGAUACAAUCAACAGACCAACUUUCUGGCCUCAUGAAUAUCUAUAUGAAUUAGUAACAUAA